CGGCGCUGCGCACGACGCCAUCGACGCGAAAAGGCAGCCAGAAGGCAAAGGGCAGCACGCGCACGCCGUCGAAGCGAGCAACGGGCAGCGCAAACACCGCUGACGAUGCCGGGCCCGCAUGGCAGCCCCCUCAAGAGCGCCAAUGGCUUCCGCAACAUCCUGCCCAUGACGAGAUCAGAAAGACGCUCCCAGCGCGACAAGGUCGCGUUAGAAAAGGAUAGACUGAUGAAGCGCACGGGCCUCGCCGCCAGGAUGCACCGGGAGAACGCGCCGCGCACGUCCGAUGGCUUGGUGGUCCCCGAGGCCAACGCCGCGGGCUUUUGCAGCGACGCGGACCGCUUCCACACCGACGUUGCGGGUGAGGAGUUUCUCAAAAGACGCGCGAGGUACGAACGGGAACAAACGAACUACGCGACGAAACGCGAAGGCCGCGUCAAGCAGGAGGAGCAACGCUGGGCCGCUCUACAGGAGGAGAAGCAGCAGGAGGACGCGUACUGGUCCAAUCAGAGAGAGAUAGGCGUCAAGGACAAGAAGAACAAGUCGAGCGUGCCCUAUGAUGCUUUGACGUUACAGUACGCUCCGGGCUUGGAUGGUGAGCGCUUGCGUUUACAUGAUGAUAAAAUAAGGUACCGCGCGGCGCUGCGAUCGAGAAAUCUGCAGACCAAGGGCGAAAGUCGAUGCGGCUACGACAUCUUGAACGGGCGGGACAAGCCCGACUUAAGGCUUCCCGAGGAGCCGCAGCCGCAGCGCGAACUCGCGGAGCACAUCGCCAAAGUUCGCGCCGAGGCGCUCUCCCAUAAGUAAGUAUUACUCGGAGU